AUGAGUAAUAGUACCAACACAUGUUCAUUACCAAGAAUGGUAUCAUUAGAUUGGAGAAUGGAUAUUAAAACAUCAUCUGAUGUUAUGUCUAGAAUGAAUGUUCCAAGUGUUUUAUUCAAGUUAGAGGUUGAAGAUAAAGAUAAUAAAGUUAUUGAUCAAGAUGAAGAACAAAAAACCAAAACUGUUAUUUUUGAAUUAAAUAAAGAAACUGUCAAUACAAUGUUAGACAGUUUAGAGUUUGUUAAAAAUCAAUUAGAUUCAAUCAAAUAG